CAGGCAACAGAUUGUCCCAACAAGCCAAGUCAAUGUUCAUAUUGCGAGCUUGAAAUACCUCAAUGUGAUGUCUUGGAACAUGAAGGAUAUUGUGGAACAAGAACUGAACCGUGUUUAUCAUGUGAACAGUAUAUUAUGAUUAAAGACUUUAAUAGGCAUGUAGAAAGUGGGUGCACAUACCCUACACCAAAACCACAGGUACCAUCCAGUACACAAAAUAUACCUUAUGAAUCCAUAGAUCCCUAUACCUUUGAUGAAAUUCACAGAAUACUUGAUGAAGCUAUGGUUCCGUCCAGUUUAUAUACAGAAAGUGGAAAUAGGUUUCAGACUCCACCGGUGCAUUCGGUGAGGAAUAAUACUACUGACAGAUCAAGAGGUAAAAAUACUACCAACAGUAGAUCUACUGUCAAUAAACAAAACGAAUUAAGAAGUAUAUCACCUAGUAGACGAUAUGAUACUAUGCUAUCACAGAUGUUAGCAGGAUCUUUAACUGGUGCUACUGGUUCUAAUGAUGAACUGAGUCAAUAUAUGGAAACCUUACAUAAAGAAAGUGAAAUAGCUCCCAAUACAUUGGCUAGUAGUGGAUCAUCUAGUACAAGUCCUAAUU